AUGGCUCAAAACAACACCAACAACCAACAACUCUCGAUGACGACCGGUGCCGUCAACACCCGCAACCGGCGGGCGGCCGAAGAUGGCCAGAAGAACACACUCCGGGGCAAGAUCGACGAUGACAUCUGGGAGGAUGCUGAAGCAAUAACACAAACGACCCCAGCAGGGAAGGUGUUCGUUGCUGCGGCGGCGAUGCUAGAUCGCGUGGAGGGAGACGCUCAAGGAGCGAUCGGAAGCUUGAGGAGGAUGAUGGAGGAACUGCGGCGCGAGAAGGACGCCUUAAAGGCCGAGAACGAGACAUUGAAGAAGAAGCUGGCCGACGCAAACUUGGAGUAA